AUGGACUGUCUUCUACAUGAAAAGUCUGGGUGCAAAGCUUGUGCUGAUAGUAAUCAGAGUCAGGAUAUUAGAAUAGAACAUAUUGAAGUUUUUAUUGAAAACGGCAACAUGUAUGGUGAACCUGACGAAGUUAAUGGAGAUGUUUGUGAAGAACUGUGCAAAAAAAAGAAGCCAGAAACCUCACACAUUAAAGUUGAAACAGAUACUAAUGGCACUAAAAGUUACCAUUGUACAAUUUGUCAUAAAAGAUUUCAUGCACGCAAUCAUGUUGCAUAUCAUGCUUAUUGUAAUGGACAGAGGAAACCUUACCAAUGUGGAGAAUGUAAACAGACAUUUGUAUCACAAUCACACUUCAAGUAUCACACAAGAGUCCAUCGAAAUGAAAGAGCAUUUACCUGCGACCUCUGCCCAAUGAGCUUCGUGCAGAUGUCAAAAUUGAAACGCCAUAAACUAAAACAUACAAAAGAAAAGAAGUUCUCCUGUGGUCAGUGCAGUAAAGCAUUUAAUAAUUUAAGUGCUUUACGAAAACAUACUCUAACUCAUACGGAAGAAAAGCCGUACUCGUGUGACACGUGUGGAAGAAGGUUUCGGGACAGUUCUAAUUAUAGAAAACAUGUUGCUAAGCAUAAAGAGCCGUCCUGGUCCUGCAACUUGUGCGAUCACAUAUCGGAUUCACGUCGUGCCAUGGAUCAGCACUCCCGAACCCAUGGUGGUACUGCAACUUCGGUGAUAAUGACACGACGUAAGCACAAAUGUCCCCGCUGUCCUCAAGCCUUCCACUCCCGGAAAGAUAUGAGGCGACAUAUCGCCGUGCAUACCGAUUCCAAACCUUUCCGGUGUAAGCUCUGCGAUCGCCGUUUUAGACGGAAAGACAAUCUGGAAAGGCAUAUUCGUAAUACGCACCCGGAUUUCCUUCCUGCCACAGCAGUUGAGUGCGACGAAAACGCUCUCAAGCAAAUAGCUAAUAGCAACGCAGACAUACCUACAGAGAUAAAUCGAGAGACUUAUGAGAAGAAUGAAAAAACUAAGCUGGAAAUACUAAACCCCCUCCCUCCAUUACCCGAGGAAGUCAUUCAGAAACAUAUCACCACCGAGAACGUCUCAUCAAAUAACGUACGGACACGUAAUGUUAAAACGGAAAAAGUCACAUCCAGAAAUGAAACAGAUAAAGUUUUUAUAAACAGAAUAUCGGAUAACGUGAUAUAUCACAAUGAAAGAGAAGAUAACACGUUUGAUAAAGAAAGACCAGAUACUGAAACGUAUAAUAGCGAAGAAAGCGAUAACAUCACCUAUGAUGACGCAAUAAGUGAGGUCGUCACAUGUAAAACAGAAGUAACAGAUUACGUCAUACUAAACACGGGGGCUAAAGAUUUCACUACAUUAAGUAACCUCAAAGCAGAUAAAAUCACACGCAUAGACAAAAUGUCCAUUAUAGAAGCAAAUAACGCGAGACAAAGCGUAAUUGUAGAGAAACGAAACGUGAAAGUAGAAAAACCGCCGAGUCCAGAGAAUGAAUAUGUCCACAAGAUAAGGAAGGCCAUCAUUCCGCUGCCACCAAUUGAUCAGGAGAAAUUUCAGAGUGUGAAGCGGGGGAUUUUACCGGGCAGUGCGACGGAAACUCCGAUUAAAAAUGUUGAAAUCUACAAAAAGAUUUUAUAUGGAAAAGUGGAUAAGGAUCCCAGUGAAGUCAUUCAGAGCCCUAAGAUGCACUGGCGGAGGAAGAUGGAACAAGAUAUAAAGUGGUAA